CCGAGUGGGAGGGGUCAGAGACCUGCCGAGGAAUACCGGCGGGGGCCACGCACAGGAAAAAGCCGACCGGCAGCUGCUUAGGAGCCACGGAUGGCGGCAGAUUCUAUCCGACCGAGGCGGCGGCGCUGGGGCUGAGGUGGCGGCAGGAGGAGGCGGGGCAGGAGGCACCUCCCCUCCCUCCUCACUCCUCCCCCCUCCCACCCAGGAGUAGUCUUCCCCUGGAAAGCGAAACCCUGGAAGUACAGUCUGAAAAGCAAGCGGAAUUCUCGGCUGAAACAGCUAAUUCUGAGUCAGGCAGUCCCGAGCGCAGGCUGGGCUGCCAAGGAACCCAGGAGCUGGACGGCUCGUCCCAGUGGCUGGCUGACCAGAAUGAGGCCGGUUUGCAGCAUGCACUGGAACAGGAUACCAGCACUACAACUGCAACUGAAAUUAUUGGGGCGAGAGGCAAAGACCAAGAGCGAAUUAAAAUGCAGACCAGUCCUCCCCGACAACACCACAUGCUGCACGCACAGACUACAUCAGACAAAAUGACGGGCAGCAAUCCAGUGUCACCAGCCUCUUCAGGCUCACCUGCCUCAAGUAGGAGCAUCUCACCAUCACAUCUCACCCACGACUCCUCUUUGGACAGUCACCUAAGUUUUGAUGGUCCCAAGUUGCAGAACAGAGCCCUGGUAUCAUCUGGGAUGUACAUCUCCCCUGAUCCUGCGAGCAUGUGGGACAAGACACACGCAGAGAUUGCUGAGCAGGCAAAGCAUGAAGCAGAAAUUGAGAAUCGCAUUGCAGAAAUGAAAAAGGAAGGAUUCUGGUCUUUGAAAAGGCUUUCAAAGGUGCCUGAGCCAAUUCGGCCCAAAGUGCACUGGGAUUAUCUUUGUGAGGAAAUGCAAUGGCUCUCUGCUGACUUCGCUCAAGAACGUCGCUGGAAGAGGGGUGUUGCCAGGAAGGUUGUGCGCAUGGUGAUCAGGCAUCACGAGGAACAGAAGCAGAAAGAAGAACGAGCCAAACGCGAGGAGCAAGCCAAGUUGCGCCGCAUUGCUUCUUCCAUUGCCAAAGAGGUCAAGCAAUUCUGGAGCAACGUUGAGAAGGUUGUGCAAUUCAAGCAGCAGUCACGUCUGGAGGAAAAACGGAAAAAAGCACUGGAUCUGCAGCUGGAUUUCAUAGUGGGCCAGACAGAGAAAUAUUCCGACUUGCUAACCCAAAGCCUCAAUGAGACUCUUCCAGUUCCCAGCAAGACCAGUGGCUCCCAUGCUGGCUCUACUGCUUCUAGUCCACCUCCCCCUGCUCAGCUCAUGGAAGAUGACGGAGAUUUCCAACCCCAUGAAGAGUCAGAUGAUGAGGAGACAAUUGAAGUUGAGGAACAACAGGAAGGGAAUGAUUCAGAAACACAGCUGCGGGAGAUUGAGCUGCUAAAGCAGGAAAGUGAGCUGCCCUUAGAGGAGCUACUCCAGACAUUGCCACCCCAAAUCUUAGAAAAUUCCUUCAGUGUAUCUCCUUGUGCCUCCAGCUCUGACGAUGAUGAAGAAGAGGGUGAGAGUGAAGAGGAAGCUGAACAUGUGGAAAGUCAGAUCUCUGAGACAUUAAAGCAGGAGAAACCCAAACCUGCCACUCAGAGGAAUAAGAAACCUGAUGAAGAAGAUGAGGAGUUUACAGCCAAUGAAGAAGAAGCCGAAGAUGAAGAGGAAACGAUAGAUGCUGAAGAAAAGCUGGAAGGAAAUGUGGAUCACAGCAAAGAACUGGAUGACCUGGCCAAGGAAGGUGAACUGCCCAUGGAAGAGUUGCUGCAGAAAUACACUGGUGCUUAUACCUCAGACUUUGACGUGGAAGCCUCAGACACUUCAUCGGAGGCAUUGGAGCCUACUACUUCAGAGUACGAGGAGGAAUCAGAGGAGGAGAACAGCACUAGUCACUCAGAUUCCACAGAAGAGGAUGAAGAAAGUGAGCAAGAGGAAAGUGAAGUAGAGGAUGCCAUUGAGGAGGAAAGGAGAGAAGCUUCAGUAACCCAGGAGGAAGAUUUUGGCGUUGAGUACCUGUUGAAGCAGGAUGAUGAUAAGGUUGGCGAGGGAGAUAAUGAUUCAGCUCCAGCCCCAGGGCCAAAAAAAGAGAUCACAGACAUCGCAGCAGCAGCCGAGAGCUUGCAGCCAAAAGGCUAUACCUUGGCAACCACGCAGGUUAAGACACCAAUCCCCUAUUUGUUGCGUGGAACGCUGCGAGAAUACCAGCACAUUGGCCUCGAUUGGCUGGUUACCAUGUAUGAGAAGAAGCUCAACGGUAUCCUGGCUGAUGAGAUGGGUCUUGGUAAAACCAUCCAGACAAUUUCCUUGCUGGCGCAUCUGGCCUGUGAAAAAGGCAGUUGGGGUCCUCACUUGAUCAUCGUUCCUACCAGUGUGAUGCUCAACUGGGAGAUGGAAAUCAAGCGCUGGUGCCCCAGUUUCAAGAUUUUAACAUAUUACGGGGCACAGAAGGAGCGUAAACUGAAGCGACAGGGUUGGACCAAGCCCAAUGCCUUCCAUAUCUGCAUCACCUCCUACAAGUUGGUGUUGCAGGAUCACCAGGCCUUUCGACGCAAGAAUUGGAAAUACCUGAUCUUGGAUGAAGCUCAGAACAUCAAGAACUUCAAAUCCCAACGCUGGCAGUCUUUGCUCAACUUCAACAGCCAGAGGCGGCUACUGCUGACUGGGACGCCUCUCCAGAACAGCUUAAUGGAGUUGUGGUCUCUCAUGCACUUUCUGAUGCCACACGUUUUCCAGUCACACCGUGAGUUCAAGGAGUGGUUUUCCAACCCCCUGACGGGCAUGAUCGAAGGCAGCCAGGAGUACAAUGAGAAUUUAGUCAAAAGACUGCACAAGGUGCUGCGUCCCUUCCUCUUGCGAAGGGUAAAAGUGGAUGUAGAGAAGCAAAUGCCAAAGAAAUAUGAGCAUGUUAUCAAGUGCCGUCUUUCCAAGCGCCAGCGUUAUCUUUAUGAUGACUUCAUGGCCCAGGCUACCACCAAGGAGACGUUGGCCACAGGGCACUUCAUGAGUGUCAUCAACAUCCUGAUGCAACUCCGGAAGGUCUGCAAUCACCCCAAUCUUUUCGACCCACGGCCGAUCCAUUCACCAUUUAUCACGGAGGGCAUCUGCUUCAACACCGCCUCCCUUGUAUUGCAUACACUUGAUUAUGACCCUUUCAAGAAUGUGGACUUGGGCAUUUUUGAUCUGAUCAACUUGGAGGGUUCUGUGUCCCGUUAUGAAACAGACACAUUCCUGCCCAAAUGGAAGGUGACAAGGAAAAUGAUUGAAGAGAUUGCUGAGUCCCCAGACCCUCCUCCCAGACCCAAGCCAGUCAAAAUGAAAGUGAACAGGAUGUUGCAGCCAAUGCCCAAGCCAGAAAACAGAACAGUAGUUCUGGUGAACAGCCCUCGACCUACAACCCCUCUACAGAGACCGAUAACUCCUGUGCUUCCGGAACCACUGACACCUGCUCUAGCUUCUGUACCACACACAGGCCCAGUAUUGCCAGGGCCUUUGCAGCCCACCACGCUCCCUGCCUCAGUGUCUCUCCCUGUGCCUAUCCCAAUGCCUCCUUCACCUGUGACCAUGUCAGUACCAGUGCCUCCUCCUGCCAGACCACAGACCCCAACUCUAGUGCCUACUUUGAGCCAGAACAACCCAGCUGCUGCUCUGCUGCAGAGCCAGGCCUCUGUUCCUCAGGUGCUGCCCAUGGCAAUGACUGCAGCUCAGCUGGUCCCAAAUACUCCCCGGCCUCUCCUCCCACCACCUCCUGUUUCUUCUACAAUCACCACUGCCUCCUCCCUUAAGGCUGCACCAGCCCCGGUUCCAAUGGGACAUCAGCCCCCAGUUAGCAGCUUGAGUGCCACCCCAGUGCGACAGCAGCCACCCAUUAAUACAUUGAGUAUCGCUUCUGUCCAACAGCAGCCCCCCAUCAGCACCCUGGGCAUUAGUCCUAUGGCUCAGCAACCACCCACCAACACCCAAUCCAUUAAUACAGUUAGCAUAUCCCCCAUUAACACUCUGGGGAUGUCUCCUGUAGGGGGGCAGCAGCCUCCAGCAACUAAUACUUUGGGCCCAGGAACUGCAGGAGCUACCGCUCAACAAUCCACCAGCUCCAUUGGGGGCAUGGUGAAGCCCAUGAACAUCCAUUCUACUGUACCUACCUUGCCUGGAUACAACUUUGCAGCAGCAGCCGGAGGUGUGCAGCAAAGGCUUUUGUUGUCCCCGGAUAUGCAGGCACGAUUGCCUUCAGGUGAAGUAGUCAGCAUUGGGCAGCUUGCCUCGUUGGCUAAUCGGCCUCUUCAAGGUGCCCCAGGCAGUAAACCUCUCACAUUCCAGAUCCAAGGCAACAAGCUUACCUUGACGGGUACCCAGGUUCGCCAGGUCACUAUGCCUCAGCCAGCCCGACAGCUGCCAAGGAAUGUGGUUCACUUGGUGUCCGCUGGGGGGCAGCACCACAUAAUCAGCCAGCCAGCUCAAGUGGCUUUGAUCCAGGCUAUGGCCCAGCAGGCAGGGCAGAACCCAGUUGGUAUGCAGACUGUUCCGGGCCAGCAGCCUCCCACCAUCCUGCCGGUUCCAGCUACCAGCACAACUGUUCCACCUGUUGCUUCCACAGCAACAAUCAGCGUCCCUAUUGCUGUUACUCAAGUGCCAUCCUCAGCAGUGAAUAGUUCUGGUGUAGUGAAGAUUGUCGUACGACAGGCUCCUCGAGAUGGCUUGGUGUCCCCAUCACCUGGGCCACAGCAUCCACCCAUGCGUCCUGUGACACCAACAACUGCCAGUACUUUACCUGGCCUUCCAACAGCCCUCUUGGCCCAGCGAGCCCCACUUCCUAUGAACCCAGCCUCAUCAGUUAGGCUGCCUAACCAGCCACUGGGCCCAGUGAGGCCACCUGCACCAGCUCCCCUCCAGACCCUGGUGAGACCCAUGCUGCGAAUGAUACAAACCUCAAACCCCAACCUGGAACAACAACUGGUUCCUCCUUCCCCGCCUCCCACAGUUGCUUCAUUUGCUAUCAGCCCAGCUGCCACUGUUACUGUUUCUGCCAACACUUCUCCUACAAUGGUGUCCCAAAUUGCCUCAAGCCCCAUGCCCAAGGAGGAACCGGAGAUGUUAACUCUGCGUUCUACUACACCUACACCACCACCACCCCUUUCCAUCCUGGCCCCAAGGCCGAGACGGCAACCUCCUCCCCCACCCCGCUCCCCUUUCUUUCUGGAAGUACUUGAGGAGAAGAGGAAGAAGCAGAAGGAGGAGCGCCUUGACCGGCUUUUCCGUCUCAAUGAACAGCAUUGCAACCUUGCACCAAUCUACGGUACCGAAGUGCUCCGCUUUUGCACCCUCUUUCCCCCUGCUCCGCCACCUGUGCAGGAAAAGGAAGAGGAGGUGGUUGUGGAGGCGAGUGAAGAACGAGCCAUGGUAACCCAGGAAGUGGAACCGAAGGGCUCGAGAGGAUCUGGAUACACCCAUUGCUACGCAGCACAAGUCCAAAGGGGCGCUCAGCAUCUUGAGGCCUAUUGGCAGCGGUCAGAAAAUUUGGCCCAAGCAGUCCUGACACCCCAGCAACGGAUUGAGGAGCUGAUGGACAUUAUAGAGAGGUUCAUUUUCGUUAUGCCUCCUGUGGAGGCUCCGGCUAUCACCAUGCACACCUCUCAUCCUCCCCCAACACUCCUGCUCCAGCAGUCGGUCUUCAAGGAGACCUUGCGGCAAGAGCUCUCGCCCCAUGCAAGUUGCCUGCAUCGUAUCAUUUGCAACAUGAGGACUCAGUUCCCAGACCUUCGCCUCAUCCAGUACGACUGUGGGAAAUUGCAGACUUUGGAUGUUCUACUACGGCAGCUCAAGGCUGGAGCCCACCGGGUCCUGAUUUUCACCCAGAUGACCCGCAUGUUGGAUGUGUUGGAACAAUUCCUCAAUUAUCACGGGCACAUCUAUCUGCGAUUGGAUGGUAGCACUCGGGUAGAGCAGCGGCAGGCACUGAUGGAGCGUUUCAAUGCAGACAAGCGCAUCUUCUGCUUCAUCUUGUCAACGCGCAGCGGUGGGGUGGGAGUAAACCUGACUGGUGCUGACACUGUAGUGUUCUAUGACAGUGACUGGAACCCCACCAUGGAUGCCCAGGCCCAAGAUCGCUGCCACCGUAUCGGGCAGACACGGGAUGUCCACAUCUACAGGUUGAUCAGCGAAAGGACUGUGGAGGAAAAUAUUCUGAAGAAAGCUAAUCAAAAAAGGAUGCUAGGAGAUAUGGCUAUUGAGGGGGGCAACUUCACUACAGCCUACUUCAAGCAGCAAACAAUCCGUGAGCUGUUUGAAAUGCCACUAGAUGAACCCACUAAGAAGGAAGGAGAGACCCCAGUCCCAGUGCAGGAGGAGGAAGAGGAUCCCAUGGCCACCAAGCAGACACAGAUUCUGGAACAAGCACUGUGCAAGGCCGAGGACCCUGAAGAUAUCCGGGCAGCUACUCAGGCCAAGGCAGAGCAAGUGGCUGAGCUGGCAGAAUUCAAUGAGAACAUUCCUUUGGAUGCAGAAGACCGGUCCACCAAAGAGGAAGAGGAAGAAUUUUCUAAAGCAGAGCAGGAAAUUGCUUCGCUUGUAGAACAGCUCACUCCUAUUGAACGCUAUGCCAUGAACUUUUUGGAGGCAUCCCUGGAGGACAUCAGUCGGGAGGAGUUGAAGCAAGCAGAGGAACAGGUGGAAGCUGCCCGCAAAGAUAUUGACCAGGCUAAGGAUGAGGUGGUCUUUAAACUGCCAGAGGAUGAAGAUGAGAACUAUCUCCAUGAGGAAGGUUCCAGCAAGAAAAGCAAGAAGGCCAAAAUGUCUAGCCGGACACUGUCAGAAAGGACUGGCACCCGCAUGAGUGAACGGCUCCGUAGCACUCGUCUUCCACCAAAGGAUGGGGAUAGCGGACACGUGGAAUCCAUCCAGACGAGGUUGCCCAAUCUCCGGCAUUCCCGAAUGGUGACAGAUGAGGAAGAUGACAACGUGCCCCGAGUAGCCCUGCACACCAGAAGUGCUUCAAUACGUAGAGUGGUGGUGGUGCGGGAAGAAAAGCAGGCUCACAUAGUCCCGAAUACUCGAAGAACUUUGACCCGUCGGGAAGAGCUAUGGAAUAAAGGCCCAACUAGUGGGGAGAAGAUGCAGAAAAUGCCCCUCCACAGAAGUGAAGCUUCUGGUGACAGGGUUUUGAGAACUAAUCUCCAUAGAACAGACACCCCAUCUGCUGGGGAUAAGCUGCUACAAGCUAUUUCACAGAGAUCAGAUCCUGGAGCUGCUGGGGACAGAAUUCUAAGAGGUACCACAUCAAAGACUGAGACCCUGCUUGUUGAUGAAAGUGCCCCACAGGCAUCAGAUACCAACUUGGAUAAAGGGCUGAGGCAGAAGCCUGAAAAACCUUCCAGCCCGGAUAAAGUUACAUGUAGCCCACCUAAGCCUGAGGUGUCACCUAAGCCGGAGGUAAAGGCUCCCGAAUUUCACUUGCAAGAACUUGAUGGAGAGGCAUUUAAAUUGAAAGCGGAUGUAGAAGAGCAGAAAACAGAAACAGAAAUUUCCCAGUUCAGUCCACCAACCCUGGAUUUCCACCCUGCUGAGUCUGCUACAGAUAAGGAAGUUCCAGCAUUCCAAGAACAAGACACUUUGCUCACUGGGAAAGUAUCGGGUACACAGGCAUUACCUGAUGCCGGGAAGCUGAAUAUCCCAGGUAGUAAAAUAGAAGCAAUGACUCCAGUGCCACUUGGCACUGUGGAACUAACUUCUGAGAGCAAACCUGAGGUUACAGGUGAAAUAAAUUUACCUGUGAUUGAGCAAAAAAUGAGUGUAGAGAAGCCAACGGAAGGAGCAGAUGUGAGCACCAGCUGCAAUGCUGCAGAAGGAGAACCAGUCAAUUCUGCGGAUGAGGCAACCAAGCAGAUCUCUACUCAAGAGACUACAGCACCUCUUGAUGACACUGAUAAGGUAGUAACCGAGUCUCUUUCUUCUAAAAGCACAAAAGACGCCACUUGGGAAGCCGCAGACAGUGCAGUAUCGUUUGUGUUGGACAGUGAAGCCCCCAAGAUGGACCCUCCUGUGUUUCCUUCCUUGGAUCACUCUCCAGCUACAAGCUCUCUCCUUCAACUGGAAACUUUGGCCUGUAUCAAGGAACAAAAUGGCUUGAAGGAAUCUCUGAGAAGUGGAGACCUCCCUUCUCCUCUUUCAAGUUUGCUAACUGGGCCCCAGCUUGAAAUCGUGCCCUUGGAGGGUACAUCGCCAAAAUCAGAGACAGCUGACAACAAAGUCAGUAGUCUUGGUGAAGCAACAGCUCAAAAUCAAGGAACGGUAGGGAAAAACAAUCACGGGGAGGGGCCCCAGGAGGCUAAGCUUACAGCAGUCUGCCCUAGCUCUGCCUCUUCGCAGGAAAGUUCAUCGCUUCCAGGAAAUUUGUCUUCAGAUGACAGCCUUUCACCGAACAAACCUCCCCGUCGCCGAACCAGCGCUGAUGUGCAAAUCCAGCAAAGCUGUCAAACGCCAGAUGGCCCUGCCGCCAAAGUGUUACGCAAGUUGCCAGGGCGCCUGGUCACGGUGGUGGAGGAAAAAGAGCUUGUUCGUCGACGUCGCAAUCGCCUAUGCAAGCUGGAUUCGGCCCCCAGGGCUGUGAUGAAUCUGGGCAGCAGCGUGACGCAAAGCCUGUCGGAGCCAGAAAUUCUGCCUUCUAUGAAAGCCUUGCCUCUGCUGCGGGAUUUGCCUGCCCGGCGAAGAAUCGAAUUGGAGAGCCGGGCAGCAGCCAAAGAAAAGGACGAUGGUUUGAAAGGGGAGCUGCUAGGUAAUAUGUCCUCUGAGCCCGUCAAGCGCAAACGAGGACGUCCCCCCAAGAACAAGUCACCGGAUCAGCAGAGUCCAGGGUUGCUCCAGCCCUUCCCUGAGCCAGCUCUGGAGAUCAGCCCCCAAAGAAAAGCACCAGUGAGGAAAACACCCGAGGGCCAUCCACAGACUCAGUCCCCAGAGCAGAAGGGGCCUGAGAGCUCCUCUCCCAAGAGCAAGACAGACAGCAGUGAGAAUGGUGACUCCCCUGUGGAAAAGCGAAGGCGUGGCCGGCCCCCUAAGACUCGGCAAUCCCCCAUCAUGCCUAACAAGUCUGCUUCGGAAGCGCUGCUAUCCCCAUCCACAAAACCUCAGACUGUGCAAAAGAAGCUGCCGAAAUCUGAGGCAGUCUCUGUAACAGAGGCAACCUCAAAGCUUUCUGAGCCUCUAGACUUACAUCCCAAAACGGCCAUCUCAAAAACCUCAGCUAAAGCACGGAAUCGAACCUCACUGCAUUCUCAACCCGGGUCGGAUUCUAAAUCCACCUUGAAGGCACGAGAAUUGUUGACUGCUUUCCCUAAAGCGCUUUCCAAACCAUCCACUGAAGUGUGUGAACCCCAAGCAUCUUCCCCUCGAGGGGCCUCUGCCACAGAAACUUCACCAGAGAUGCAAGAUCCGCCUUAUCUAUCCCCUGUGUCACACUCACUACCCAAAGGUGCCCCCAGCUCCCCAGCAGCAAAUUCUCCACCUAAGCGGAAAAGGGGUCGUCCCCCAAAGAACCCAUCUUCGCCUCGGGUGGAGGUGGCACAACCUCCCGCCUCCAACUCUGACCAGGAGACAUCUUUGGAGAAGCACACCCCAGCUCCUCCUGGCCGCAAACGACGAAGGCGUAGGAGAAAAUAUAACCUUGGUCCAUCGUUGCCCAGCGCCAACCAGAGCUCUUCGGAUGGUGAGGAGACCCGACCGCUCACCAGACUCGCCCUGCUGAAGAGGGAAGAAAAGCCAGAAUCUUGCAGUGGGGCAUUAGUUCCACCCUCUCCAAAGCACACAGGCACUGAGAGGGCUUCAUCUGCAGAGAGUAGUACUUGGGAACAGCCUUCUGGUGACACCCCUGCCCGCUCAACUCGCCUGCGGCCUGGCUACCUUGUUCCACCCCUGGAGCGGGAAACCCAGCGAAGGAAACGGCGCUGCUCCAUGGAGGGCAAGCGGGUGAGGAACAGCAGUAAGUCACCUGCUUCCCAAGGCAUCUCUGAACAGGAGGGCGGAGAGUCGGAGUCUUCUCUGAAAUCCUCCUCGGAAUCCAACAGCUAUAAGUGUAUCCAGCAGCCGAAGCGCAAGUGUUAUGACUCAGCCAGGCGGCGCAGUCGAAAAAGGGGCCAGGGUCACCAGAGUGGGACGGCUGACCGCAUCCUCCGUAGCGCAGCGAAGCCUGUCGACAGUACCAGAUCAGGGUCCUCCCCGAUUCCUCCCAAGAAAACGGGCCCUGUUUUUGCUUCUCCGGCUGUGGGGGUCACUGGAGCCCUCUCUUCCCCAAUAACCCCUUCCUCCACUGCCCCGGUUACCUCUUCGCAAAGUAACAGAGGCCGCAAGCCCAAGACGUGACCACAGCGCGAGAGGUCCCGACGGUCUUUCUCUGCGGGGAUGGCUCGACCGCCACCUUUUCCCGCACAUAACAGUAAGGUGAUCUAGUCCCUCCCCUCCCUUUGCUCUUAUUCCUCCCGUUAAUGUGGGGGGUGGCUACUGGAGCUCCCUGCAUUCCAGUCUUGACUGUUGGAGUACUACUUGAAAGGAGAAGGAGGAGGAGGACGGUGAGCGUGGCUCUUGAUUCCCAGGUGCUUUUUCUGGGAGAAGGCAAGGGGCAUUCCCGCUGAAGUCGCUCGCUGGGCCUUGGGAGCUCAGUUGCCCCGCUGCAGAUUAUAGUGGCAGGGCCAGCACUUUGAAAUGAAUUCUGCUACUUCCUAACCGUGAUCAGAGAGUGGUGGUGGGGGGAGUAGCUUCAGAGUUGUUGCCCCUAGAAUAACACUACAGGGCACCUGCUAUCCUUAAAUGCCCCCCAGCGCUUUGGGAAGUCCAGCCCAGGCUUUUGAUAGGCACGUGUCACGUUUUGGGCCCAGGUGUUCCUCUAACCUCUUCCCUCUCACCCGCCCCUGAAUCCUGCAGAGGAUGCCCUCCUGAUUUAUAAACAUGAUUAGCUCUUACUUUUUUACUGGCUUUGGGUUGGUUUUUAAAUGACAAGAGACCAAAUGCUAGGUUCCCUUUCUUGGCUAUCCCUUUUGAUUGUCUCCCUGCUUAUUCCGUUCACCAUGUCGGGCCCUUUUGAGGCAUGAAGAGGUGGGACAGUUAUUUCCCCAACCAACCUGGAGGGCAAGGGAGAGGAGACACACCACCCAACCCAGUAAGAUUAUGUGCUCCUUUUCUGCAUCACAACCAAGAGAAAAAUGUCUUCUUUUAAUGAUGUCAAUCACAGCCUCACUGCUCCAAGGACUUUUUUUGUGGGUUCAUGAGUUGGGUCAACUCCUCCCCCCCCCCUCCACUCCUCUUGUGUACAGCUCUCAUUGUAAAAUAGGUUCUUUUGAACAUAAACUAUGCAAAGGUUAUUUUGUAUAGGGGAGCACAAUUUUCCCUCCCCUCCCUCACUGCAGUGGGUUUUAGGGGUCGGCAGCGGUUCUCUGGAUUUGGGGAUGGGCUGCAGUUGGGGUGGAGGGGGAAGUGUUCCCAUGGAGCUGUCUUUCCUACUGAAGCAUGUUCAGAACUUGUACAGAAGACCGAUGUAAUCUUUCUUCAGAAUAAUGCUAUGAAUAAAGUGUUAAAAGGGGGAAAAACGCA